AUGGCUCCAACUACCAGAUUCGGCAUUGCUUUAUUGAAGAAGUUGGACCGCAAUCGAAACGGCCCCGAAAAUCAGUGGGCGCUCGUUGCACAUCCCACCGAUUUCACCGCCAGAGAUGCUGCAUUAUACUGCGCCACAGAGUGCAAUACCACAAUGUCCGGAUGGACCAUCUUGAUCCAACGUGGAUCUGUUUUGCAAACCGCUAGAGAAUUGCACUGGAAGCUAGUUGGGAUUCUCGAAUUCGAUAACCGAAACGGCCCUGACGUGAAGAUGAACAUGACAGAGUUGGAUCAGUUUGUUCGAUGGAUGGACCCGCACAUGAAUGGCUGCGACCCCAGCGGCGAGUCGGGGGGAUGGUCCUCUUUGAAGUGGGUUAUACGUGUCUUGAAUAUAUUGCACGAGGCAAACAAGGUGAAAAUUCCGCUCCCACCGGCGUUGAUGGGAGCUAGGAUUAGGGAAAGGGCAGAUUAUUUGGUUCGGGAGGAGUUUAGAAAGAAGCCAGCGACGGGAGUGUUGGUCGAUGACCGCGGUCGCACCAUCAGCCCACACUGGGCCCUCGUCGCACAUUCCACCAACUUCCUCACCGCAGAAACCACCGUGUACCAAAUAGUUCGCACUACCACUGGCUGGGCUACCCGUCACAAAUCCAACGUCUACCUCCCCGACGCACCGACCCUCAUCGGUGUCAUCGACCUCGGCCACAUAAACGUCCCCCUCACAGCCCUCUCGUCUCAUGUUGUUGAGGUUCCGCCUUCCAAGGGCGGUGAGAACCCCAGCGCGCUGUUCUUGUGGGACUGCGCUGCGUGGACUAUUAAGGUUCUAUAUGGCCUUCACGAAAAGGGAUACUAUACUUUGGCAUGUCCUGCUCAGCAAGUAUACUCGCGUGUUUUGGAGAGAGUCGGGACGCUGAGAGCCAUGCGCGCUUCCGCAAACACCAUGCCCAUCAUUCAUUUCUGA